AUGGCUAGCCAGCAGCAAGUGGACCCCAAGAAGCAGCAGGAGUUGCAGCUUCAAUACUCAAACUUCAAGAACACCCUCCAACAACUCGCGCAGAAGAUCGGUGAUAUCGAGCAAGAGGCCGAGGAACACAAGCUUGUCAUUGAGACAUUGGACCCCCUCUCCGAAGACCGGAAAUGCUUCCGCAUGGUGAACGGAGUUUUAGUCGAACGCACCGUGAAAGACGUUCUCCCGACCCUCAAGACGAACUCGGACGGAUUGAAGCAAGUGUUGGAGGAGAUGCUGAAGCAGUACAAGUCAAAGCAGGCUGAACUGGAUACCUGGAAGAAGAAGAACAAUAUCCAGGUUGUGCAGCCCUGA